AUGCGUGUCUCCGUCCUUGCCGACUGCCUCAACAACAUUGUCAACGCUGAGAAGCGUGGCAAGCGCCAGGUGCUCGUUCGCCCGAGCUCCAAGGUCAUCAUCCGUGUCCUCACGGUGAUGCAGAAGCACGGCUACAUCGAGGAGUUCGAGGAGAUCGACGACCACCGCUCGGGCAAGCUCGUCGUCCAGCUCAACGGCCGCAUCAACAAGACCGGCGUCAUCUCGCCCCGCUUCAACAUCCGCCUCCCGGACAUUGAGAAGUGGGUUGCCCUCCUCCUCCCGGCCCGUUCGUUCGGCUACAUCAUCCUCACCACCUCGGCGGGCAUCAUGGACCACGAGGAGGCUCGCCGCAAGCACGUUGCCGGCAAGGUCCUCGGCUUCGUCUACUAA